AAUUGCAGACACACAAAUCUCUCUCAUCGGGAAGCAUCGCCAGCGCCCAAAUCUCCAUUCCCCUCCGCCCUCUCUCUCUCUCUCUCUCUAAUCGGCGAAAGCCUUAUCGCAGAUCUGUAUUUUUCAUAGUAAUUGGAUCAUAGCAAAGGCUUGAGGAGAUGUCUUCGACAUUCAGCGGCGAUGAGACUGCCCCUUUCUUCGGCUUCCUCGGCGCGGCCGCUGCGCUCGUCUUCUCGUGCAUGGGAGCCGCCUAUGGGACGGCGAAGAGUGGCGUCGGUGUGGCGUCGAUGGGUGUGAUGAGGCCGGAGCUGGUGAUGAAGUCGAUCGUGCCGGUGGUUAUGGCUGGUGUGCUCGGUAUCUAUGGUCUGAUUAUUGCUGUUAUUAUCAGCACGGGGAUUAACCCUAAGGCCAAGUCGUACUACCUCUUUGAUGGAUACGCGCAUCUGUCCUCUGGUCUCGCUUGUGGCCUCGCUGGUCUCUCCGCCGGUAUGGCUAUUGGCAUCGUCGGAGAUGCUGGUGUCAGGGCCAAUGCUCAACAGCCCAAACUUUUCGUGGGGAUGAUCCUCAUUCUUAUCUUUGCUGAAGCACUUGCUCUGUACGGGCUUAUCGUCGGCAUCAUCCUGUCUUCUCGAGCUGGUCAAUCAAGAGCAGAGUAAAAGGCACAGCUCGUGGUACAAAGAGCUUACGAGAAGAGGGUAUCCUGUCCAGUGACUGCGAGUGGGUUUAUUCUGAUACUUUGAUUAUUAUCCAUGUUUUGAUCGGUUGGAGGAGGUUGUAGCUUUGGAAAAUCUCUUACUCCGAAAUUCUUGCUGUGAAGUUUGUGUUGAUUUUAUUAGAUGGGCGCGGGAUUUUCUCCGCUCAUACUGGUAGAAUAUGUAUGAUUAGACCUAGUAUCUCAAUAAAAUCGAGCUCCACCUGUUCUGCUGUGCCUCUGGUAUUUAUUCAAUAAUAAUUGUCAUCUCAUAUGUA